AUGCUAGGACGGCUUGAAAUGACAGUUGAUCAGUGUAUUGAAGCAUAUAUUCGCCUAAUGGACGUUGUCUUCGAUCCAAAAUACAAGAAAACACUGCCUUUUAAAGUACGCAACGGCAAAGUUCAGCCGCGAUACAAGACCGAAGAGUUGGAGCAGGCCAUCAAGCAGGUCAUCACGAAUGCUGGAGGAACAUCAGAUGAUCGCUUUAGAGGAGCAAAGAGAUCAGCCUGCAAGACCGUCGUGAUUGCUCUUACAGCAGAAAGUGCAGUACCUAUACGCUUCACUGACUAUAAAAAGGACGGCGAACAUUCCAACUUCUAUGACGAGGUCCGAAUAUGGGAAGUCGCCCGGGCAACUUCUGCAGCAACAUCUUUCUUCGCGCCGAUGAAGAUCAAUCACGCUGGCGAACCGCGUUGCUUCGUUGACGCAGGUCUCGGCCACAACAACCCCAUCGAAGAAAUCUAUCUCGAGGCAAAAGAACAACUCGGCAACCCUGAAAUCCCAUUCGACGACCAAAUCCGUAUCCUUGUUUCAAUCGGCACAGGAAAACCACCACACCAAACCUUUGGCAAGAGCAUCAGCGAAGUAGCAAAAAGCAUUAUACAAAUCGCCUCGGAAACCCAAAAAACAGCAAACAAAUUCUACGAAAUGCACCAGGAACUCGCAGAUCGAGACGGCUACUUCCGCCUCAACCCCCCAGAUCUCUCCGAAGUCCUCCUCGACGAAGCAAGCAAGAAAAACAUCAUCGCCUCGCGCUCCGAAGCCUACGGCAACGAUCCUGAAACAAAGAAAAUGGUGAGACGCUGGGUGGCCGCCGCAGGAAAUGAGCAGAAUAUUGCCCCAACGCCUACCGUACCACCACAACGUUUGAGGUCUCAAGAGACAAAACGGUUCUACUCGCUGUACAAGGGACCAAAGUAUAUGAAUCCGGAGGCGCAGUCGUACUGGCAGUAUCUCACACUCGAUUCGUACUGCGUGUAUGAACUCAUAUAUCAAGAUUUGGAAUCAUUCCUCAACCAAUUCGGCCCCAAUCCCUCUCCCUCCCCCAGCCACAUCGCAGAAACCUGGUCGCGCCUCCUCCGCGACAAGCGCAACGUACGCGAGUCAACGCACCGCAAGCCGUUCGUCAUGGCCGUACUCUACAUGUUACACAUCGAGACGAUUCUCGAGCUAUCGAAGAAAGAAGUCGAUGCGGAUCAGCGCGAAAAGCUAAAGCGGUUCGACAAAUGGGUGGCAUGUCAGUGCCGACAACUCUGUUGUCGCCAGUGGAAUUUCGUAAACGAGAUUGGGUUAUCAAAGGGUGGAGAUGAUCGGGUUAAAUGCGACUUUCCGGGCUUGAUUAAGAAGAGGGAGCAUUGGACUGUAGCGUUUAAGACGGAUCAGACCAAGAGGUUGAAGGCGACGAGGGAUAUGUGGUUGGCAAAGUUGUGA